AUGACCUUUUCCAAAACCGAAUAUUCAGAAGCUGUUCCUGGUCUCCCCACUUCAUAUGCUGCUAUCCUAAGAAUCAAAUCUGGCAGUUCAUCUUUAACCUCAUUUAAUUCAAAGAAUAGACCACGAUUAAGCAGUCCUUCAUUAGGAAGUGUAUCUUCACCAGGCUGGAGAGGAGCUGCACAACAUUAUCACUCCCCAACAAACCUCUAUCACUUUUCAGAGGCCUUCAAACAUGAUGAAAGUGUUGACUAUGGGCCAGUGUUUGUACAAGAACCAGAUGAUGUGAUUUUUCCAACUGAUUCUGAGGAGAAGAAAGUAUCUCUGAAUUGUCAAGCUCGUGGAAAUCCUACUCCCACAUACAGAUGGCUUCGAAAUGGAACUGCAAUCGACAUUGAAAGUGAUUAUCGCUUCAGUUUAAUAGAAGGAAGUUUGAUCAUCAACAACCCCAGUGAAAUGAAGGAUUCUGGACAGUAUCAGUGUUUAACCACCAACAUGUUUGGCAGUAUUUUAAGCAGAGAGGCUGUUCUUCAGUUUGCAUAUCUGGGGAAUUUUAGCGGUCGGACAAGAAGUGCUGUAUCUGUACGUGAAGGUCAAGGAGUUGUUCUGAUGUGUUCCCCUCCACUUCAUUCGCCAGAGAUCAUCUAUAGCUGGGUAUUUAAUGAAUUCCCAUCUUUUGUGGCAGAAGAUAGCAGACGCUUCAUCUCUCAGGAGACAGGCAAUCUCUACAUCUCCAAGGUGCAAACAUCUGAUGUUGGCAGCUAUAUAUGCCUGGUAAAAAACACAGUGACAAAUGCCAGAGUUCUGAGUCCUCCUACACCUCUGACACUGAGAAAUGAUGGUGUGAUGGGGGAAUAUGAACCAAAAAUUGAAGUCCAUUUUCCUUACACAGUUACAGCUGCAAGGGGGACUACUGUUAAGAUGGAAUGUUUUGCACUUGGCAACCCUGUUCCAACAAUCUCUUGGAGGAAAGUUAAUGGUCAUAAUCCAAGUAAAGCCCGCCUGAGAAAAUCCCAAGCUGUGCUUGAAAUACCUAAUGUGCAGCUAGAGGACGCAGGGAUGUAUGAAUGUAAGGCUGAAAACUCUCGUGGAAGAAAUGUCUUCAGAGGACAACUGCAAGUGUACACCUACCCACAUUGGGUGGAGAAACUUAAUGAUACUCAAUUAGACAGUGGAGAUCAGCUCCGAUGGGAAUGUAAAGCCACUGGAAAGCCAAGGCCCACAUAUCAUUGGCUGAAAAAUGGAGUUCCUCUCUGGCCACAGAGCAGGAUUGAGAUGGUUAAUGGUGUCCUGAUGAUCCACAGUGUGAAUCUCUCAGAUGCUGGAAUGUAUCAGUGCUUAGCAGAAAAUAAGUAUGGCACCCUUUAUGCCAGUGCCGAGCUGAAGAUUUUAGCUUCAGCUCCCACUUUCCCACUAAAUCAAAUGAGGAAAACAAUAAUUAUUACCAAGGGCCAAGAAGUUGUCAUUGAGUGCAAGCCACAAGCCUCUCCAAAGCCAACUAUCACUUGGAAGAAAGGAGACAAAGCAUUAAGGGAGAGUAAGAGGAUAACUGUUCUUCCAAAUGGGAGCCUGCGAAUCCUGAAUUCUUCCAAGUCUGAUGAAGGACGGUACUUAUGCCAAGGUGUAAAUGUAUUUGGAUCUGCAGAAAUCAUUGCAUCAGUAUCUGUUAAAGAACCUACAAGAAUAGAGCUGACUCCCAAGAAGAUAGAGUUAACGGUUGGAGAAAGCAUUGUCCUCAGUUGCAAAGCCCUUCAUGACAGCACACUAGAUGUUAUUUUCUAUUGGACACUCAAUGGGCAGCCAAUUGACUUUGAAAAAGAAGGUGGACACUUUGAAAGCAUCAAGGCACAAGCGUCCUCUGCAGAUUUAAUGAUCAGGAACAUCCUCCUGAUGCACGCCGGGAGAUACGGCUGCAGGGUUCAGACCGCAGCGGACACCGUGUCAGAUGAGACAGAGCUGCUUGUUAGGGGUCCUCCUGGUCCCCCAGGGGUUGUAAUAGUGGAGGAAAUUACAGACACCACAGCAACACUCUCCUGGAGUCCUGGGGCAGACAAUCACAGCCCUAUCUCCCUCUACAACCUGCAAGCACGCAGUCCAUUUUCUCUUGGCUGGCAGACUGUAAAAACAGUUCCUGAUGUGAUAAGUGGUGACAUGGAGUCUGCUAUGGCUGUCGAACUGAACCCUUGGGUGGAGUAUGAGUUCAGAGUUGUAGCAACAAACAAAAUUGGGACUGGAGACCCAAGUGCACCAUCACGAGUGAUCAGAACCAAUGAAGCAGUUCCAAAGACACCUCCAGCUAAUGUAAGUGGCAGAAGUGGAAGGCGACAUGAAUUAGUAAUAGCAUGGGAGCCAGUGUCAGAAGAGUUUCAGAAUGGAGAAGGAUUUGGAUAUAUUGUAGCCUUCAGACCCAAUGGAACACGUGGCUGGAAGGAAAAAAUGGUGACAUCUUCAGAUGCCUCAAAGUUCAUCUACAGAGAUGAAAGUGUGCCACCUCUGACUCCUUUUGAGGUGAAAGUUGGUGUUUACAACAACAAAGGAGAUGGUCCCUUCAGCCCUAUUGUGGUCAUCUGCUCAGCUGAAGGAGAACCCACUGCUGCUCCCAUCGAUGUCAAAGCUACGAGUUUGUCUGUAUCAGAGAUUCUUGUUGCGUGGAAACAUAUUAAAGAAAGUCUAGGAAGACCACAGGGAUUUGAGGUUGGUUACUGGAAGGACAUGGAGCAGGAAGAAGCAGCAGAAAAGGUCAAAACUGAGGGAAAUGAGUCAUCCAUCCUCCUGACAGGAUUAGAAGGAAACACAUUAUAUCACCUAACGGUGAGGGCAUACAACGCUGCAGGGUAUGGACCACCUAGCACUGCUGUGCGUGCAGCAACCAAGAAGUCUCCUCCCAGCCAAGCACCAAGCAAUAUUAUGUGGAUACAGGAUGGCUCUCAUGUGUCUCUUGGGUGGGAGCCAGUCAGACCUCUAGCUAAUGAAUCUGAUGUAAUGGGAUACAAGGUAUUAUUUAGGCAAGAAGGCCAGAGCAACAGUCAAGUUAUAGAAACACAGAAAACCUCUGCAGUGGUACUUCUUCCUGAUGUUGGCGUCUACAUCAUUGAGGUCUGUGCAGUCAGCGAAGGAGGGGAUGGGACUGCAAGUCCCCAGAUCAGAGUUCCAUCUUUUUCAGGAGGGAAAGUAACAAGUGCUCAAUCCACCUUACAUGUGCUGUCCACUUCCUCAUCCUCUGUAACAUUGCUUUUGGCACUGAUGGUUCCUUCAACCUCAUGGUGA